AUGCAGGGGUCCGUUCUGAGGAUGGGGCCAUGCGGCGGCGGCGGCGGCCACGACAGGGACAUGGACAUGCGCGGCGUCAACCGUGUGGUCAAGCUGGUCAUCCGCCACGGCGACACCGUCGACGCCAUCUCCGUCCUGUACGAGCGGAACGGCCGGGAGGAGUGGACCGACCUGUGGGGAGGACAAGGGGGAACGCUCUCUGAGAUCUGCCUGCGGCCAGACGAGCACUUCACCGGCGUCGUGGGCCACUACGGCGAGUUCGACGGCAGCUUCGUCGUUAGGUCGCUCACUUUCGUCAGCAACGCCCGCAGCUUCGGGCCGUACGGGCAGGAGGACGGCGUGCCGUUCGCGCUUCCCGCGGCCGGCGGCAAGAUCCUCGGCUUCCACGCGCGCUCCGGCCGCCGCCUGGACGCGCUCGGCACCUACGUCAAGAUGGCAGAUCAGUCGCGAAAGACCCCACGGAACUGA